AUGUUUUUUUCGGGCAGGAGGUUGCAAGCGAUGGGGAAGAUGGUGGCGGCUCGGGAGGGGGAGGACGACGGGAAGGUGCCGUGGGCCGUGGUGGUGGAGGGGUUGCUUACCACGGGCGCCUUCAGCACCAGUGACCCCGUGACACUUGCCUUCGCGCGAUUGGCCGAGCGGUUCCUGGCUCCCUGGGCGAGAAUAGAGGUGUGGCUGGGUCGGACGACAGGGGGAAGGAGGGGGGGAAGGAAAGGGGGGCAAGAGGGGCUUGAACGUGGGGUCCGAGGGGCUGGAGUGAGGGAGAAAGCAGAGGUCGAAGGUGGUAUCACAGAUGGGCUUGGGAAGACAGGCCUCAUCAAGGCGGCAGCACUCAAGGCCAUCGCCACCAACCCCAAGCUCAUGACCUGUGUGGCACAGGUGCGAGUUGUGGACGGGCGUGUGUUCUUCCGCUAUGGCUCCUUCCUGGAAGACGAGAGGAAGCUUCUCAGAAUCAACCUGGCAGUGAAGAUGAUUCACGAAGCCGUGGUCACGUUUGAGCUUCAGACCCUGCGAGCAGAGCUGUACCUAAACGCGUGUGACGACCCACACAGCUACGACAACUCGCUCUCAUCGGGCCGUUCGGGCUUUGCAGUGCUGAGUGCGCAGUGGACCCCCGGCGUGACGGACAUUCUAUUUCCCGACCCCCUCGACCUUGCGUACCAGCCCUCUUACUCGCCCCACGCGGGGCGACUAGGAGAGGCGCAGCAGGAGAGGCAGGGGCUGGAGCCACUGCCAGUGUGGGAGCGGAGGCAGAGCAGGGCGGAGUGGAGGGGCAGGGCGCUGGAGCUGGUACUCAAGGAGGCCAACUGGGCGAGCAGCCUGAGAGUGCGCCUGCACCGCAUGUCCGAUGCCCGCCCCGACCUGCUGGACGCUCGCCUCACCAUGUGGGGUGACAAGGAUGGCGUUGACGCCAAGAAGCUGCUGCUCAGGCACGGUGUGGUGCUGGCAGAGGAGGUGGAUGAUGUGGCAGAGAGGAGGAGGGGGUGCAAGUACGUGUUGGUGGUGGACGAGCAGAUCGGCACGCGUGACAUGUGUCGCGCUCUCAGUGGCCCACAGGCCGUCAUCCGCCACGCGUCAGGCUACACGGAGUUCUUUGACCCGCUGCUGCUGCCAGGCGUGCAUUACGCACCCGUGGGGCACAGUUUCCGGGACCUAUUCAGUGUGAUAGAGUGGAUGCAGCGCAACGAUGCUGCCGUCCGCACCAUGGUGUGCAACGCCAAUGAGCUCGCAGCACAUAGCAUACUUCCCUAA